AUGACUGAAUUUGAUUACUCAGAUAUUGAGCCGGUGAGUCUCAACACUGAAACGCCGCAAUUAUGCCAAAUUUUAUACGAUCAAGAGUACAAAGAAGUGAUGGGUACGCUUCUUGCGCUUAUGAAACUCAAUGAAUAUUCUCCAAGAGCCAAAUAUAUUACUGAAUUGGGUAUUGAAAAACUAGCAUCGCAUUAUACAACAUGGAUAUAUCGAUAUAAUAUAUUGAAGAAUUUACCAAACACCAAUUAUUAUGAUGAACUAGACUGGUGUGAGCAAAUUGCUUUGGACAAUGAAAAAAACUUUCAGAUAUGGAACUAUCGACAAUUGAUUAUCAACGAGAUUAUAGCAAUGGAGGAGAAUAGUGCUGAGAAUGCGGACGAGAAAGAGGUUAAACGGAAAGUCCAAUUUGAUCCUCAUCGUGAGUUUCCCAUAAUGGCGGCGAUGUUAGACUCUGAUUCCAAAAAUCAUCAUGUAUGGUCGUAUCGGAAAUGGUUGGUUGAAAAGUUUAAUUUAUUCAAUGAUGUAAAAGAACAUGAGUUUGUCAAUAGUUGUAUUGAACUAGAUUUGUUGAAUAAUAGUGCUUGGUCUCAUCGGUUUUUCCUAAACUUUAGCGAUUACAGAACAGAUGAUAGCAAUGAGAUGCAUGGUGAAGAUUUGGUUGAAAAGGAGAUUGAGUAUGUGAAGAACAAAAUCACCGAGUGUCCUCAAAACGCAAGCUCGUGGGAUUAUUUAAAUGGAAUAUACGACAAAUUCGAUAGGGAUAUCUGUGAAUUAGAAGUAUUUGCCAAUGGGUUUGCCGAUUUUGAGCAAGAUAAUGUCAAGAGUACAUUUGCAAUCGAGCUCUUGGCCAAGAUAUUUAUGAAGAAGAACCAAUUCGACAAAUGCAUUACGCAGUAUGAGAUGCUUAGAGAUGAAUAUGACCCAAUGAGGAAGAAUUUCUGGAAUUACGAAAUCUCACGAAUAAAGGAGCUCGUCUAA